AUAGCAACAUCCCACCUCUAGCCUGCUGUGCCACGGGAAGUCUUCUAAAUGGACGACCAAAAAAUAUUACUGAGAUUCUACACUACCAUUUUAAUCCUUUUUAGAAAUGUGUUAACGAUUUAUAUAACACUAAGAGGUUAAACAUGUUCUAUUCUCGCAUAACAUUUAUUUCUUCUGAUACUUUUUGUCAAGAUCUAGGAGUUUUGCUUUCCCUUGGUUUAUGAUUGGUCGUGAAGCACCGGAUAUGUAUUUGUUUACUGUAGUUGGCUGGAAUGCUAGCUGACCAGAUACGUAAUGCCUAGUUCUUCUGGAAAGAAAGUCAAAUUGUGCAUUGUUUUAUUCACUAAGUGCAUUUAGGUGCCCUCUGUGAUACGACGACGCAACUGUCUUUCCGCAGUAACGUUUGAGUCUACGGGAUGCAUUUAAAUGACCCCAGAAGCAGCAGCCAUUAGCUAGCAAGCAAGACCCAACAAGUUAACUUCGCUCUGACCAGCCGGUUGUGGUACGUGGAUACAAAACUAAUAUGAUCGAGGUGGUGGCCUCCAUGGCCCGGGGCCCCGUCUUUCUCGCCGGAGAGCUCAUGGAGUGUCUCAUAACUUUCACCAACCCGAUGUCCCACCUGUCCACCUCUGCCAGCUGUGAGAUGCUGGCAUGGGCCAGUGCCCAGAUCCACUGCCAAUUCCAUGCCAGUGAGAACCGAGUGGCCCUGCCGGCCCAAGGCAACAAACAGGAUGUCCAGGCUGAGAGCAACACAGUGCUCAUUCCAAACAGAGGAGAGCGAGGUCAGUGUGUUCUGGACACACCACCUAAGAUAUUAUUCUGUGAUCUGCGCCUGGACCCUGGGGAGAGCAAAACCUAUUCGUACAGUGAGAUCGUACCCGUAGAUGGUCCCCCUAGUUUCCGUGGUCAGGCGGUGAAGUACGUCUACAAACUGACCAUCGGCUGCCAGAGAGUCAACUCUCCGAUCAAACUACUCAGAGUUCCCUUCAGAGUGCUGGUUCUGCAAGGCAUGCCGGAGCCUCCCUUCCCCCCGGACGAGGAGGUCUCCCCCUCCAACCCGUUCCUGGAGGAAGAGGAAGCGAGCCGCAGGGACGCUCGGUCUUUAGAGAGAGCGUUGGACAUGCUGAUGAUCACGACCUCGAGACGCUGCCCCCACAUGUUUAAUAUCACCAAUGUGCGUGGGAAAGUGGCCAAGUUCUGCAUCUUCAAGACCGUUUACAGACUCGGGGAGGACAUCGUCGGCACGUUCAACUUCUCAGAGGGAGACAUUCCCUGCCUGCAGUAUUCUGUGAGCCUUCAGAAUGAGGAGGAGAUCCAGCAGCACUACCAGCGGCGCCCCGGGCAGGUCAUCAGUGUGACCGGACACGGGCGACACGUGGAGUCCUGCCUCCACACCGCCUCCAGCCACUUCUCUCUCCCCAUCCCCCUCAACGUCACGCCGGGUUUCAGCACCGACAUAGUGAUGCUGAGGUGGCGCCUUCACUUUGAAUUCGUCACCGCACGGGAGCCUAUGGAACCGCCCACCGUACUGCAGAACCAAUCGGAGGUGACAGUUUGGGCAGGGGCGGAGCAUGUCGACGUGGAUACCUUCAGCUGGGACCUGCCCAUUAAAGUCCUGCCCACCAACCCGGCCUUGGCAUCCUACAUGUGCCACUUCUCAGGCACCAACAGCAUUCAUAUCUGAUUGGGAACGAAAAGUGUGUGUGUAUGUGUAUGUGUGUGUGUGUGUGUGUCCAUAUGAGAUCAGAGGUAUACGUUUAAGUAACAAGGGAUUAUGUUCGUAGUUGUUUCUAUUGUAUAUGCAGUACCAGUGAUGGAUUACAUAUGUAUAUUAUGCAAUUUAUGUUUUGCCUUUUACCAUACGCAUCUUCUCUUCAAAUACAUCUUUUAUUUUUGGACCUCAUGAUGUGCAACUUUCUCUGUGGUUGGUGUAUAUUUCUUUAUUUAUUUCAUGUUUGAUUCUUUCACUCAUUCUCGUUUUGUGGAAAAAAAUGUUUUUCCAUCAAAAUGUUUUUAUUGUAAACAUUUUUUUUUCUCACAGCUUGGGCAAAAGGCUUUAUUCAGAUGUAAAUACUACACAAUAAAAGUGUGAUUUAAAUGUGA